UUUCAGGAACCGAGGUAAACAUAGCGCUUUAGAAAACCGUACAGCGAUUCAGCAGGUAUUUUCCCGCUGUCAGCGCUGCAGAAAACAUUGGCCUUCCGCUCGAGCCGAAGUAUCGCCGAAAGGAGAGGACAUUACCGUUGGCUAGGAAGCUCGUUUGAGGCUCGUUGUUUCACUGACCAGUAAUAUAGCUCCAAAUGGCGCGUCGCGUUCCCGAGACGAGAUGAUGUCACCCUGAUAAUGCAGUACAUCCGGCCGAUCAGUGCCGGUUCCGGCGAAGAGUUGCGUUAAUCUUUGACGCUGACGUGGCAGCUCCAGCACAGUUUUUCGUAACCAGGUCACGUUCAGACCGUUGUACUUAGUGCAGGCUUGAGCGUUCUGACCGUUGUACUUAUAAGCUUGACCGUUCAGACCGUUGUACUUAAACGGGUGUUUUCUUAACGCGUCGCGUGGGUGGGCGACGCCUGAGUCGGCCCAUAAGGGCAGCAUGUUGUUUACACCCCUUGUCACUCGCUGAUAUCGCCGCCGUUUCGCGCUUCGCUUCGCCUCGCUUCACAUCCGUCGCAGCACGAGUCUCGACGUCGCGCGUUACGCUAACCCUUACGCGACGCCAUGGUGGCACGUCCACUCCCACCUAGUAGCAGGCUUACGAUGCCUCCCGCUCUGCCGCUGCUGCUUGUCGCUCUGCUAUCGCUCGGCUUCCCUGGGGCGCGCCUCGACGCCGUUCUUAGAGCGGACGCGGCACGUGACAGCGUGCUCGACUCGUACCGGCCGGCUUGCGGACCCCUGCCGAAUAAAGAGCCGAGAGCCUGGCAGCUCUGGAGCCGACCAGCCACGUGGGCGUUCAUGGGGGGGAAGGUUCCCGGAAUCGGGGCGAGCGUGGGGGCCAAUGUGACGAUCCCAUGUGGCAGGGCUGUGCUUCUGGAUGUGCCACGUGUCAGCCUGGGAUUGCUUAUUGUAAACGGCUGGCUGAGGUUGCUGGACAACCCCUUUGUACCCUCUAUAAGCGUCCAAGCCCGGUUCAUUAUAGUGCACGGUCGCUUGUCCGUUGGAACAGAGACGCACCACUUCCGCUCCCGAGCCACCUUCACCCUCCUCCCGAACCUCAGGUUUGGCCGGUCCGACUUCUUGCUUCAGCGGCCAGCUCCGGCCGAUCCUGCACACCCUCGCAACCUUGGGCACAAAGCGUUUGCUGUGGUGGGCGGUCAGGUGGAUUUCCACGGCAUGCCAGGUGGCGCCAGCACGCCAGCCUGGGUGCGCCUGGCGCGGUGGGCCAAUAAGGGCGCGCGGCAGAUCACUGUAGACGCUGACGUCAGCGGAUGGCCCAGAGGGGGGGUUAUUGCUGUUGCCAGCACGACGCCAGACCUGAAUAACGCCGAAAAGGCAAUCAUUACUGGAGUGAGGAGGGUUGGCCCGUCCACCAGCAUCAUCUCCCUCUACCGCCCUCUGAAGCAUUCCCACGAUGGGGAUAUGAACGCAGUGAACGAUGGGUUUGGGGGCACGGUGGACAUUCGCGCGGAGGUGGCUCUGCUGACUCGCAACAUCGUGAUUCAAGGGGUGCACGAGCAGGCACCUUAUCAAUAUGAUGGCGGUCACUUCAUGGUCUACAAGACUCGCACCCCUCAGGUCAUCCACGGCGUGCAGUUCCAGGGGUUGGGCAAGCAAGGCACCCUGGGAAGGUACCCGGUGCACUUCCAUAUGUGUGGCGACGUCAGGAGGAGUUUUUUUGUGCGCAAGAACGUGAUUCUGGAUUCGAAACAGCGAUGCAUGGUCGUCCAUGCCACCUCUCGCCUAACUCUGGUGGACAACGUCGCGUACGAGACCAGGGGGCACUGCUUUGUGCUGGAGGAGGGGAGUGAGGCGCGGAACACGUUCAUCCGCAACCUGGGCAUGAACACACGUGCUGUGCAUCACGUCAUCCCCCCCGAGUCUCCCGCCAAGUUCGACCGCCAGACAGACAAGCAGCCCUCAACUUUCUGGCUGGCCACGCCUUUCAACAGCUUUAUCGGCAACGUGGCUGCUGGGUCGGAGGACUCGGGCUUCUGGCUCGAGAUGAACAAGCACAUGAGGGGGCUGUCCAAGCUGCUUCCCUUCUACCAGAAUCUUUCCCCUGUGACUCUCGCCUUUGGGCUGUUUCAAGGCAACGUGAUUCACUCCAACGCCCUCUUUGGCCUCCGCACCUACCCGCAUGGCGCCCGGCCGAUGUUCCCCUUGAAAGGGAAGGGCAGGAAGGCAGUGCAAGUGCACAUGUCUCAUUUCCUAAUCUAUGGCAACCCUAUUGGCAUGUUCUUUUACAACAGCCAGAGCAUCACUGUCUCGCGCUCCACCUUUCUCAACAACCGCAUCGCUGUCGACUUGAACCGCAACUUUGGGAUGCUCAUCCUCGGCUGCACCUUCAUCGGCCGCACCGCCUGCAGCAACAACAGCAAUUCACCUAGAGCAGCAUCCUCUUAUGCCGCAUCAACACAAGUAUCAACACAACAACCAGCACAAGCAUCGGCACAAGAAGCUUUUGCAGCAGCAGCAUCAAGAGGAGCGACACGAUGGUCAAUUUCAUCCUGGAAACCCCUCGAUUCAGCUGCUAAUAGCGAAUCCCCUAGUAGUGUAGCCCCUAGUAGUGUAGCCAGUAGUAGUGUAGCCCCUAGUAGUGUAGCCCCUACUAGUGUAGCCCCUAACUCCACCAACAACGCUCAGGCAAUGAUUCUUCCUAACGAAUAUGGGGAAAAUAACGUCUACAGUGCCGGCGUGCACGUUGAAGAUGCCACUAACGAGGAUGAAUUGCAGGGGUACACUACAUCGGACUGGCAAUCGCCAGGUUUAAUGCUAACAGCGCCAGAGUACACUAUGGAUGAUGACUAUAGUGAGGUAGCUGAAGCUGCUACUGAAGGGGUUUUGGGGAGGGGAGGGAAGUGGGGGUGGAGGAGGAGGAGGAGAGCGAAGGGAGGGAUGGACGGAUCAGUUUAUAACGAGGAUGCGGGUGAAAUUGAACGCCCUGAGGAGGAAGUGGGGCGGACAGUAGCGAUGGAGGUGCGGGGUCGCAUGGCGGCUGAGAACAGGGCGUAUAGGGAUUACAUGGCGUCGGCUUAUAAUGAGUAUGGAGAUGAGGAUGAAGAGGAGGAGGAGGACGAUGGGUAUGAUGAUGAAGAGGAUGCAGAGGACGGAGAGGAUGGAUCCACUGGGAAGGGUGUGAUGACAGAAGCAGAGGAACAAGCAGCAGCGAUGAAGAUGCGGGGGCGUGUGGCGGCUGAAAGCAUUGCCGGAAAUGGGGAUGUGCUGGCUUAUAACGAGGAUGAGGAAGACGCAGUGAAACAAGCAGCAGUGAUGAAGAUGCGGGAGCGUGUGGCGGCAGGUUUCUUCUAUUCGCGCGAUGGCGGCACGUUCAAGAGCCCCAUAGGCGUGAUGCUGAGCCAAGUGAAGCUCAGCGGGAUGCUGGAGGCGAAUAGAGUGGUCAACAGCAGGUUUUCUGGCUUUGGGGAGUGCGGGCCGACGCUGAAGAGCUCAGCUAUUGUGCUGGCAGUGAACAAGGCAGGGGGGUUCUGGAACCCAGCAAUGAGCGUGCAGGGCCUUCGCUUCACGACUACCACCAGGCGCCUCUACGCCGUUCCGAAUGCGCCCCACCGCCCGGUCCCAAGAGGCGGCGCCAAUGCUCGUUUCUAUGCGCUGCACGACGCAGAUGGCUCCUUCCUCUCCUCUUCCUCCCCGACCUUCCCGGGCGCCGCCUCCCCAGCCUACCUCGUAGCUCCGUUCCACCCGAUCCUGCCGCCAGCCUCGGUCCGAACCUCCCUCUGCCAGUACCACGACACAUGGUCCCUCUACUCGUGCAGGUCCGUCUGCUACCGAGCCAUCGCCCUAACCUACCUCGAGCAUGGCGUGCCGAACCUAACGCCGAAGCUGAUCAAAAGGCACCGCAUCCGACCCUACUCCACAGCCACGUUCACCCGACUAACCGACCGAUCCUACUUCGUGUCCUUGGGUGACCGCAACGACUAUUCCAAGCUCUACAAAGGCUCCCGGCCCGUCUUCCGUACCAUAACGGCUACUCUCUUAGCGGGGCACGCUUAUUCGGUGGAGAUUACACCGCCGAGUGUAAAUAGGGGGUUUUACCCGAGGAACAUGACGGUGCGAGUGCUGGAUAAAGGGGGGUGUGCGGGCGGGGUGGAGUUGAGGAUGGUUCCGAGAACGAGGGGAACUCAAUGGCAGACAAUCCACAUGGUGCCACAGCUGCCAUGCCGUGGCAAGGGUCGGAAUCCGAACCUCAUGUACCAGCGCUGCACCUACCGCAACAAGCAACCGAACCUGGCGCUCAGCGUCGGCCAAACCUACGCGCAGUACGGCGGAGAGAGCAUAGUUUUGGGAAGGAUGAGGAGCCCAAAAUGCCCUCCAGUAAAGUGCUGACUUGUGCCGUGCUGGUGCUGCUGGUGGCUAACCACACCUCGUGGUAAGUCAAACAGCCUGAAGGAUGGAUUGAUUCGACUCGCAUCUCCCUCUGGUAGCUGCUUUGCAUCUACAGUACUUGGUUACUCGUCAAUCCAACUGGUGGUGGGGUCCUGCCUUGCACUGUGUAA